UGCAAAUGAACUCCAUCCAAACAACACAAAGAAAGGGGGUAAAAUCUCGGUAGAGAAAUCGCCAACAGUCGCCGCCGCCGCCGCCGCAAUGAGGCGGGAGGGGUCUCCAGCCCAGCUGCCGACGGCGAAGCUCCGGAAGGAAUCAAGCCCCCCAACCACCACCAGCCCCGUCCACUCCCUCACCGACGACGUCCUGCUCCAGAUCUUCCUCCGCCUCCCCUCCCUCGCGACGCUCGUCCGCGCCGCCCUCGCCUGCCGGACGUGGCGGCGCGCGGUGGCCUCCUCCCCGGCCUUCCGCCGCCGCUUCCGGGAGCUCCACCCGGCGCCCCUCCUCGGCCUCUUCUUCGAGCCCCCCAGCGCCGUCCAAGACCCGGCGCUCCCGGCCUUCCCCUCCUUCGUCCCCGCCCGCCGCCGCGACCGGGACCUGGCCGCCGCCGUCCACGGCGGCGACUUCUUCCUGACAUCCAUCCAGGAGCACCCCGACAAGGCCCACUCCUGGGAGAUCCUCGACUGCCGCGGCGGAUACGUCCUCCUAUGUAAUGGUGACCUGCUCAGUGAGGAACCAAUGGCGGUUGUAAAUCCUUUGGAGCGAAGGAGCGAGCUGUUCUUUGACCAUCACCACAAGGACAUUUCCGAAGGUUACCGUGGCUACCUAGAUGUACAGAACUCUUGCUUGCUCUGCUCCGACGAAGACCCGGCAUCGUUCCGGGUGUUGCGUCUUGCCCACGACGAGUCAAGGGUGAGGGCUACCGUCUUCUCCUUAGACACCAGGCAGUGGAAACUUUACCCGUGGGUUGAUGUCCCAGGGCGGCCACGACUUUCAAAGUCGUGGCUUCUGAACAGCGAUAUGCAAUCCAAUGGGUUCUUGUACUGGGUUUACAAGAAUCACAAGUAUAUGGUCACGCUGAACACGGUGACAAUGGACUUUUCUGUCGAGGAGCUCCCACCAUUCCUGCAGAAUCGGCGCUGCAGCUUUAAUGCCGGUGAAACAAGCAGUGGUACGCGUUGCAUUGUCUAUGCUACUGACUUCACUGUUGGUGUGAUGUUGCGAAGAACAGAUAGUGAUGGAGUUGAGAAGUGGAUGCUGGACAGGGCCACCCCAUUGGACACACAGCUUGAUGGGGUUCUCAGGAAACAGAAGGGCAACUAUGAUGAGCUACUGGUUGUGGCAGUCAGGGAUGGCUUUGCAUACUUGGCAACUUCAAAGAAGGUAUAUGAUUCCCGGAACCCAAGUUGGUUCCUGUCCCUCUGCCUUGAAACAAUGGAACUGGAGAAUCUGUUUCAGAGGACAUAUGAUAGUGGUGCACACCCCUAUGUUAUGACGUGGCCUCCUUGUUUAGUUGGUAACUAUGGAAUGUUUGGACUUGAAGAUGGUACAUGAAGUGCUUAACUUGUUGUCAAUUAUGUGAGGACAAUAGGAGAAUAACUAGUUGUUGGGAAAUAGAGGCUCUGAUUCAGUUUGUCAGUUUCGUCAGGCAAGUGAACUAGUUGAGCUGCAAGGUAUUCGGCGCUCUUCAAGACGUUUCGGCGACUUCGUCUGGAUCGUUUGAUGCUCAUCCAACGGCUUGUGUGAAUGAUAUAUGAAUUAGCAGUUCAUUUUGUUUUCAGUUAGUUACAAACUCUGUUUAAUUCAGUUAAUCCCUAUUUUAGUUAAUGACCUCGCCAACUGCUAUUUAGGCUGGUCGAAGAUUCUGUAAUUGGUAUGCAGAAAGAAAAACCCGAAGACACUGGUAGGUUAGCAGUAGCACUAGACCAAGCCGAUCUGGCUUUAUCCUGUAUCAGAUCUUAUUCCUAUCGUAUGAAUGCUACUGUAGGCCAAAACACUUGAUCCCCUAAA